ACGUCGUUCAACUCUGUCUUAGCACACAAGGUCGUUAAUAGCAGCGGUUAGCAGCAGACAUGAUGUCCCUCACUGCCCGGUCAGGGGCUUUUUCCCCUUAUAUGCAGGCUACUGCCUUUGCAGUGGCUACUCCCCUGAAAGCUUUGGUGCCUGGAGUUGUUUUGAAGGGAGAGAAGAUAUUGUUGGAUCCGAAGAAAAAGUUAUUGUGCCGCGAGUCGCUAAGCGGUCAAAGCCCAAAGACGGGCCCUGCUGUCACAGUUAGCAUCAAUGGCUGUGCCGGGGUCAGAUUUGCGCACACAGACAUCAGGAUACCAGAUUUCUCUGACUACAGGCGCCCAGAGGUGGUCGACCCCACCAAGUCUUCGCAGGGGAGCAGUGAGUCUAGAAAAGCCUUCUCCUACCUGCUCACUGGAGCCACAACCGUGGUCAGUGUCUACGCAGCCAAGACGAUAGUCACUCAGUUUGUUUCUUCAAUGAGCGCCUCUGCUGAUGUCCUAGCCCUGUCUAAAAUUGAAAUUAAGCUGACUGACAUCCCUGAAGGCAAGAACAUGACCUUCAAAUGGAGAGGCAAGCCCCUGUUUGUCCGCCACCGCACUGAGAAGGAGAUUGCCACUGAAUCUUCUGUGAACAUCGGUGAGCUGCGGGACCCCCAGCAUGACAAGGACCGGGUCAUCAACCCUAAGUGGGUCAUCGUCCUUGGGGUGUGCACACACCUGGGAUGCGUGCCCAUCGCCAAUGCUGGAGACUUUGGCGGUUACUACUGCCCCUGCCAUGGCUCACAUUAUGAUGCCUCUGGUCGCAUCAGGAAAGGCCCUGCUCCCCUCAACCUGGAGGUUCCAUACUAUGAGUUUCCAGAUGACGACACGGUCGUGGUGGGAUAGAUACCGUUCAUUUGACUGACCUCAUAUUGUACAACAGCUUACUCUGUGUCAGCAGCUCAGCCAGGAUGUGUGAUAAAGUGUGGAGGUAUGAUAUUACUAUUUAAUUGUUUCUGCCAACUGUAGGAAAUCAAGUGAUGUCAGUUAGCCACAACGCUAUGACAGCACAGGGACAACUCUUCAUGCAGCUUUACUCCUGGGCAAGUCUACUGAGUGGUAGUCCCUAUAUAAAACACAAUGGGUAUAAUGAUGUUCUAAUAUAUUUAGUUUAUGUAGGCCAUCAAUAUCAAUUAUAAAAUGAUCAUUGGUCUUCAUAAUGCUGUGGCCUACCCUGCAUGUGGAAAGAAUUGGUGUCAUUCACUCACAAUCACAACUUUAGGAAGUCUUAUGUUGUAUUAAAUGUUAUUCUAAACAUGUAUCUGUCAAUAAUUAAACAACCUGGAAACUUUCAUGUUUCUAUUGGAUUGCUAAAUAAUAUAACCUAGAACAAAAACAAUGGCCUUCAUUCACACUCCUUCAGGUGUUGUGUUCAGUUGCGAUCAAUAAAGAUUUCUAUUCUAUUUGACA